CUACGACAGCGACGCGCGGGGUGACGAUUAAACAAUUCACCAGCAACCAUCACGACCGCGAACUAACCCGCAGCACAACUUGUGAGAGAGCGAAUUAUUUCUGUAAAGGGAAAUAUCCCCUUUAGUAAUUCUUUACACAUUUUUCUCUUAAUUAUUUUUCCUCUCUUUCAUUGCACACCUCACAUCGACAAGCCAUGAGCACACGGCCGACAAGACGCGCCGCGACACGGCGUACAGCCGUCGUUGAUUCGGACGACGACGAGAAUGGCUCCAAUGUGAAGCCUCAAGCCAAUGAGGACAGCUUUGAAGACUCUGUUGCGACUACUACGCGAAGAAGCACCCGCAGAAAGGUGUCGGCAACUCCUGCGGCGCCUGCGACAAGAACGACGAGAACAUCGAGAACAUCACGCAAGACUUCUACUCCUGUUGCAACUCCAGAGCCAGAAGAGCCUCAGAAGGCAGAGCCUACGGAGCAAGAGGCUGAACCCGAGCAGCCACAGGACGAGGUGAUGAAGGAGGAGCCUAUAUCGUCUCCCGUCCAGCCAAAGGCUGCCAAGCGCGAAAGCACUCCCAGACAAUCGCUAGGACGAACUCCUGAUCUUGCGCCUCCUACGACACCUAAGGCUCCGACGACUCCACGACCGCCAAGCAGCUCCGCCCCCUUGGGAGAUAUCACUACCGCUACUGUGAACGCCACAGCGAGAGAGAUGGCCAUGAACAUUAGCCCUAUCAAGGCUAUGGACGCUCUCCUGGACAAGCCCAUGGACAUCAUGCUCAAGCAGCGCACCAUGACUGUGGCUAUUCCCGAGGACACUGCGCCCAAGUCCCGUAUUGUCUUGACGCACCUGAUUCUCACCAACUUCAAGAGUUACGCUGGUCGCCAGGAGGUUGGACCUUUCCAUGCGUCGUUCUCGUCAGUUGUCGGACCCAACGGUUCCGGCAAGUCCAACGUUAUUGACUCUUUGCUUUUCGUAUUUGGUUUCCGUGCCAGCAAAAUGCGACAGGGCAAGAUCUCUGCCCUCAUUCACAACUCUGCCCAGUAUCCUGACCUGGACCACUGCGAGGUUGCGGUUCACUUUCAAGAGGUCAUGGACCAGGCUGGUGGCGGUCACUCUGUCAUUCCCGACUCCGAAAUUAUCAUCUCCCGACGAGCCUUCAAGAACAACUCCAGCAAAUACUACAUCAACAACAAGACUUCGGACUUCACAACAGUAACAACCUUGCUCAAGGAAAAGGGUGUCGAUCUCGACCACAAGCGUUUCUUGAUCUUGCAGGGUGAAGUCGAAUCUAUUGCCCAGAUGAAGCCCAAGGCGGUUACUGAGCACGAUGAUGGUCUCCUUGAGUAUCUCGAGGAUAUCAUUGGCACUUCCAAGUACAAGACGCCGAUUGAAGAGGCCGCUACUAAGGUGGAAGAGCUCAACGACAUCUGUAUCGAGAAGAGCGGUCGCGUUCAGCAUGUCGAAAAGGAGAAAAAGAGCUUGGAGGACAAGAAGGACAAGGCUCUCAUGUUCAUCCGCGAUGAAAACGAGCUGACGCUAAAGCAAUCCGCCCUCUACCAGCUCUUUAUCCAUGAGUGCAAUGAGAACAUCUCCAUCUCGGAGGAGGCCGUCAAUGAGAUGCAGGCUCAGCUUACUGAGGAGCUCGAGCAUCACCAGGGCAAUGAGCAAAUUAUCAAGGCCCUGGAGAAGCAAUACAAGCAGGGCUCCAAGGAAUGUUCUGUAAUGGACCAUGAAACCCAGGCUCUCGUUAAGGAGAUGUCUCAAUUCGAUCAGGAGCGUGUCAAGUUUGAAGAGAAGAAGAAGUUCCUUAGCGACAAGCGACGCAAGCAAGAAAACGCCAUCACUACUGCCACCAAGGCGUACGAGACUGCCAACGAAACUAUUGAGGAGUGUACUCUUAACAUCGAGGGCCGCUCUGGCAAAAUCACCAGUCUCGAGGAAUCUGUUGCUGAGGAAGAAGCCCAGCUGGCCAAGAUUCGCGAUAGCCUCAAGGGCAAGACUCAGGCGUUUUCGGAUCAGAUUACAGUCAAGCAAAAGGCUCUCGACCCGUUCAUGGAGAAGAUCAACGAGAAGCAGUCGGCUAUUGCUGUUGCUGAAAGUGAAUUGAACAUCCUUCAAGAAAAGGCCAAUGCUGGAGCUGUUGCUCUCGAGGAUCUGCAAAACAAGAUUCGAUCCAUCGAGGAAUCCAAGUCUGACAAGACACACGAGCUAAAGAAGUGCGAAGCGGAAAAGGCUGCGCUCAAGGAGGAAGCCGACACCAUGGUUUCCGAACUUGAGACCCUUGCCCAGCAGGAACCCAAGUUCCGCACCAAGAUUUCCACUACAAGACAAAAGGCAGAUGAGGCUCGCUCCAGUCUGGCUAGCACUCAAACUCGCGGCAAUGUCUUGACGGCGCUGAUGCGUAUGAAGGAGUCUGGUCGUAUUGAGGGUUUCCACGGCCGUCUUGGUAACCUUGGUACCAUUGACGCCAAGUACGACGUUGCUGUUUCUACCGCUGUCAGCGCGUUGGACAACUUCGUCACUGAAUCAGUCGAGGCUGGUCAGCAGUGUAUCGAGUAUCUCCGCAAGAACAAUCUGGGCCGCGGUAACUUCAUUUGCUUAGACAAGCUCAAGGGUCGCAACCUAUCACCUAUCCAGACGCCCGAAAAUGCCCCUCGUCUCUUUGAUCUUGUUAAGACCAAGGAAGACAAGUUCCGACCAGCCUUCUAUCACGCCAUGCAGGAUACCCUUGUGGCCAAGGAUCUGGCCCAAGCUAACCGCAUCGCCUACGGCGCCAAGAGAUGGCGUGUCGUCACUUUGGAUGGUGAGCUUAUCGACAAGUCCGGUACCAUGUCUGGUGGUGGCAAGACGGUCAGAAAGGGUCUGAUGUCCUCCAAGUUGGUCGCCGAUAUCACAGUUGAACAGGUCGCGCAGCUUGAAGAAGCUCGUGAUGCCAUCGAGACCCAGUUCCAGGAGUUCCAAAAGUACCAGAGCGAAUGUGAGACCAAGCUCCAGGAAUUAAAUGACAAGCUGCCGAAGCUUGAGACUCAGAUUCAAAAGCUCAAACUUGAGCUGGAGAGCUCGACUCGCAACAUUGCCGAUCUUCAGAAACGCAUCAAGGAAGUCAGCAAGGAAUAUCAGCCUUCGGCUGCUGAUACAACGAGAACGGCGGAGCUUGAGAAGACCAUCCAGAAGCUUCAAGCUGAGGUCGACCAUCUCCACGGCGAGACUGCCAGUGUUGAGCAAGAAAUCAAGGUCCUUCAAGACAAGAUCAUGGAAGUGGGUGGUGAGAAGCUCCGUUCUCAGCGCGCUAUGGUCGACUCGAUUAAAGAUCAAAUCACUGCCCACAACGAAGAGGUUUCGCAUGCUGAAGUCCAAAAAGUCAAGGCUGAGAAGCAGAAGAUCAAGUUGGAGAAGGAUAUGGCCAAGGCUACCAAGGAGCGAGACGCAGCUGACCGGGAUCUCGAAGCCCUGCAACUCGACAUUGACAACCAGGGCGUGAAGGCUGACGAGCUACGCAGCCAAGUAGAAACAGCCAAGACUGCUCUUACCGCCAAAAAGACAGAGCUCUCAAGCAUCAAGGAAGACCUCGACGCCAAGACCACCGAGCUCAACAACACGCGUGCCGCCGAGAUUGAGAUGCGAAACAAGCUCGAGGAGAACCAAAAGGCCCUUGUCGAGAACCAGAAGCGCUUGCGUUACUGGGACGAGAAGAUGUCCAAGCUUACUCUGCAGAGUAUCGAGGAAUUGACAGGUGAGCCUGCGUCAGCAGCCAAGAUCCGCGCCGCUUCCGAACAGCCUAAGGCAGAAGGUGACGAUGAGGAGAUGGCUGAUGCGGAUGCUGAUGCUGAGGCCGAAGCCAAGGCUGACGAGUCGGAUGUUACCAUGGGCGAGGCUGAAUCUAAAGGAGAGAAGCCGGCUACUCAACCUACUGCUGACCUGCAGGAACUUCCUCAGUACACUCCUGACGAACUCGCCGGCAUGAGCAAGGAGACCCUAAAGGGCGAGAUUGCAGCUCUCGAAGAAAAGACACAAAACGCUGGUGUUGACCUCGGCGUUCUAGGCGAGUACAAGCGCCGUGUUGAGGAACACGCCGCUCGCUCGUCUGACCUCCAGACUGCGCUAGACGAGCGCGACGCCGUCAAGAAGCGAUGCGACGACCUGCGCCGCAUGCGCCUCGAGGGCUUCAUGGAGGGUUUCAGCACGAUUUCGCUGCGCCUCAAGGAAAUGUACCAGAUGAUCACCAUGGGUGGCAACGCCGAGUUGGAGCUCGUCGACAGUCUAGACCCCUUCAGCGAAGGCAUCCUGUUCAGUGUCAUGCCCCCCAAGAAGAGCUGGAAGAAUAUUGGUAACCUUUCUGGUGGUGAGAAGACCCUGAGUUCGCUUGCCCUCGUCUUUGCGCUGCACCACUACAAACCCACGCCGUUGUACGUCAUGGACGAAAUCGACGCCGCCCUCGACUUUAGAAACGUUUCCAUUGUCGCAAACUACAUCAAGGAGCGCACCAAGAACGCCCAGUUUAUUGUCAUUUCCCUGCGAAACAACAUGUUUGAGCUGGCUGCUCGCUUGAUUGGUGUCUACAAGGUCAACCAUAUGACUAAGAGCGUCACCAUUGAGAACCGCGACUUCAUCGUCCGCCCGCAGCAGCAGCAGCAGCAGUAUCAGAGGCAGUUUACGGGAUCGGGGCAGACAACGACACUUGCGCUUAGAUAGUAGGAGUCGUGGCAGGUGGCCGCUGUAUAUGUUGAUGAUGUGCGAUAUGAGGCGUUCUUGGCAUGGUAGAUGGUUUGCUUGUUUUUUUUUCUUGAUAUAACCUAUUUGGAUGUACGUUAUGGUUUCAAGACGAAUAUAUUUAAUACGUUUUUGUUAUGUUUUUUUCUUGGCAGUCAACCAGUUCGGGUCGCACUGCCUCGGUUGCUUAAACGCGCCAGGCCCCGUAUUCAUUCCGGGAUUAUACAAACAGGUUUAUGUAAAACAGACUAUUGGUAUUUCGGCUACCAUUGGAAUUAUCCAAGCGAGCUGUCAAGUGCGUCUUGAAAUGUAUAAAGACUUGGUCAUUGGACUGUUGUUGCUGU